AUGGACGUCCCCGAGCCGGAUCAGACUCCUUUCCACGCCGUUCAGGCGCAGACUUCUAAGAUUGCCAGGCAAUACCAAGCAUAUCUAGAUCAAUUGACACCUUUCACCGCGUACCGAUGGGUCGGAACCGGCGUUUUGCUUAUCCUGUUCUUCCUCCGAAUCGUCAUCGCGCAAGGAUGGUAUAUCGUGGCAUACACCCUGGGAAUCUACCUAUUAAACCUGUUCCUGGCCUUCCUGUCGCCCAAAUUCGACCCCUCCCUGACCCAAGACGAAGGCCUUGAGGACGGCGAGGCCGGCGCCUCGAGCCUCCCCAUUAAACAAGACGAUGAGUUUCGUCCAUUUAUCCGUCGUCUGCCCGAGUUUAAAUUCUGGCAUUCGGCCACCCGCGCAAUUACGAUUUCUUUUUUGUGCUCGUGGUUCAAGGUGUUUGACAUUCCGGUUUUCUGGCCGGUGUUGGUCAUGUAUUGGUUGAUUCUGUUUUUCCUGACUAGUAAGAUGCCUUCGCCGUUUUCUUAUCUCUUCGAAUUCUCACUAAAGUCUAACAAAGUGCGACGACAAAUCCAACACAUGAUUAAAUACCGCUACAUCCCAUUCAAUAUCGGCAAGACCCGAUAUGGUCGCGAUUAA